AACUCUGCACAUGAGAGCAAGGACGGAACAGGAGAUUUCGAACAGUUGUAUUCUUGCAUUAAACAAUGUAAAUGUAUUAGGCCUACUGAGGAAAUUACUAUAAAAAACGCACUAAGCUAGGUAAUGAGGAAAUGAUAGCGCGUUAUUUUCCUACCCGCGAAAGAACAAUAGAUUUUGAGGAUACGGACUUAUUAGACAACGUUCACUGCCUGUCAUCGCUAUCGGUUGAUCAUCAUCGUUGCUACGUAUAUCUAAAAGAGAUGAGGCUGACGGAGAAGUUGAAGCAAGAGGAGGAGGAGAGGCUUUGUGUCUUGGCAAUACCGCUGCGACAUUAUCUCGCGACACACGUUCUCCCAACAUUGACGGAAGCUUUAAUCGAAGUUGCCAAACUACGUCCGGAGGAUCCAGUAGAUUUUCUCGCUGAAUAUUUGUUCAAAAAAAAUCCCGAAGGAAGAAUGUUCGAACCGGAUUACACGGAAACAAUGAGUAUGCUUCUGGAUACUAUCAACCGACAGCGAAACAAUGUCCUUCCGGUGGAAAAAUUGGAUGCCGACGUAGCACAAUUCAUGAAAAGCCAGGACGAGCUAUCCGCUGCAGAGGAGACGGAAAAAAAGCGAGAAUGAGUAUAGAAGAAUAAGUCUUACCUCGAUUUUCGAAAAAACUAUCAAAUAUAAACGGACUGAUGAUUCCCAAAAAGAAGAAUUGGAUUUCGCCGAUCGAAUAACUGAAGAAUAUAGAAACGAAGCUUAAUCAGUACAUCAAAUUUCUCAUUAACUAUUAUUUAGUAUACAAUGCAAACAGAGAAACAAAAAUUUCUUAAACAUUAAUAUUUUAUAAAAUUAAAUAUUAACAAAUCACCGAAUUUAUUCCAUUAUUUAUUAAAUUAAUACAAUAUUUGUUGGUUUAAUGUUUAUAUGUUCCUUCCUAAGACUGUAAUUUCUAAAAUAAAGAACACAUUAUAAAUCUUCUCUGAUAUUCGACGUCAUAUUUAUGCACAAUAACUUUGUUAACUUAACUGUAGUGACGUUUUUUAUGCAAACAUUAUUUUUUUAACCCAAUAAUUCCGAUAUUCAUCCAUACGUGACAUUGUCUUUAGACACGUGCAAUGUAAACUAAAUAU